GUAUGAAGUGAAACGGAACUGAAUUUUUUUGUACUAUCCGCAACUGCUUCUUCAAGUUCAGAUCACAACGAAGAAACAAAUUCAAGAGAAACAUCCCAAAAUGAACAAAGUCUCAACAACUCAAUAAAAGGAAAGGAUCACUUCAAAGGAAAAUCUAGACGCAACCAAACGAAGAAACAACCAAAGACACAAGAUACACAGCUGCCCAAUCGAAACACGCUCAAGAGAAACAAUCCUUUGGCAAAAUUGCAAAACCGAGAAGAUAACUGAUCUGAGACCAGAAGUUUGUGCCUACUCAACAGCUUUGACAAAGCACACGUCCCAACGCUGCUCCCAGCCCUCCUCACCUCACCGCACCACCGACUCACCCCGGGGUGCUUAGAGGGCUGCUGUCUGCUAGUUUUUUUCUUCUUCCAUUCCUUUAACUGUAUCCCCAUCUCCUUCCUCUAUCUCCUCUUGCUCUGUUCAUUUUGUUGAUUUCAAGCAGUGUUAUUGCACCUGCGUUUGCCUUUCUCUCUUUUUUUUUCCUUUUUUCUUUAUGCAACUCGUACGCAGAACUUGUGCCAGAAACCUGCAACAAAUAAGUGUGUGUGUUUUGUGAAGAGAAGAUCUGCAACAUCUGCACAGGCGUUAGUGUUCAAGACCACACCUUUUUAAGACGCCAAAUCAAGGUAGGCACAUCAUUUUUCUUUUUUUACACAUAUUCAUAAAUGUGUUGGGGCAGCUGAAUUUCUAUUGCCAAGCUUAGUAGGAUUUUGAAAAACUGUCUUUCAGUUGUUUUUUAUGAUGCAUGUUAGAAUGUGUCCGAGGUCUAGAAAGGCAUCCUCUACAUGCCCAGACAUCGUGUCCAUCCAAAGAAAUUUGCACAAACUGAAAAAAAUCCUUUACCCUGUAUGAGGCUUUUACUUAUCUACACAUAUCAAGGACUGAUUUUGAUAGGACUCAAUUGAUACACUAUUAAAGCAGUUCACAAAUGCAUGUAUCAAAUAACAUUUGAUAUACAGUGAGGGGAAAAGUAUUUGAUCCCCUGCUGAUUUUGUACGUUUGCCCACUGACGAAAUUAUCAGUCUAUAAUUUUAAUGGUAGGUUUAUUUGAACAGUGAGAGACAGAAUAACAACAACAAAAUCCAGAAAAACGCAUGUCAAAAAUGUUAUAAAUUGAUUUGCAUUUUAAUGAGGGAAAUAAGUAUUUGACCCCCCCUCUCAAUCAGAAAGAAUUCUGGCUCCCAGGUGUCUUUUAUACAGGUAACGAGCUGAGAUUAGGAGCACACUCUUAAAGGGAGUGCUCCUAAUCUCAGCUUGUUACCUGUAUAAAAGACACCUGUCCACAGAAGCAAUCAAUCAGAUUCCAAACUCUCCACCAUGGCCAAUACCAAAGAGCUCUCCAAGGAUGUCAGGGACAAGAUUGUAGACCUACACAAGGCUGGAAUGGGCUACAAGACCAUCGCCAAGCAGCUUGGUGAGAAGGUGACAACAGUUGGUGCGAUUAUUCGCAAAUGGAAGAAACACAAAAUAACUGUCAAUCUCCCUCGGCCAAGGGCUCCAUGCAAGAUCUCACCUUGUGGAGUUGCAAUGAUCAUGAGAACGGUGAGGAAUCAGCCCAGAACUACACGGGAGGAUCUUGUCAAUGAUCUCAAGGCAGCUGGGACCAUAGUCACCAAGAAAACAAUUGGUAACACACUACGCUGUGAAGGACUGAAAUCCUGCAGCGCCAGCAAGGUCCCCCUGCUCAAGAAAGCACAUAUACAGGGCCGUCUGAAGUUUGCCAAUGAACAUCUGAAUGAUUCAGAGGAGAACUGGGUGAAAGUGUUGUGGUCAGAUGAGACCAAAAUGGAGCUCUUUGGCAUCAACUCAACUCGCCGUGUUUGGAGGAGGAGGAAUGCUGCCUAUGACCCCAAGAACACCAUCCCCACCGUCAAACAUGGAGGUGGAAACAUUAUGCUUUGGGGGUGUUUUUCUGCUAAGGGGACAGGACAACUUCACCGCAUCAAAGGGACGAUGGACGGGGCCAUGUACCGUCAAAUCUUGGGUGAGAACCUCCUUCCCUCAGGCAGGGCAUUGAAAAUGGGUCGUGGAUGGGUAUUCCAGCAUGACAAUGACCCAAAACACACGGCCAAGGCAACAAAGGAGUGGCUCAAGAAGAAGCACGUUAAGGUCCUGGAGUGGCCUAGCCAGUCUCCAGACCUUAAUCCCAUAGAAAAUCUGUGGAGGGAGCUGAAGGUUCGAGUUGCCAAACGUCAGCCUCAACCUUAAUGACUUGGAGAAGAUCUGCAAAGAGGAGUGGAACAAAAUCCCUCCUGAGAUGUGUGCAAACCUGGUGGCCAACUACAAGAAACGUUUGACCUCUGUGAUUGCCAACAAGGGUUUUGCCACCAAGUACUAAGUCAUGUUUUGCAGAGGGGUCAAAUACUUAUUUCCCUCAUUAAAAUGCAAAUCAAUUUAACAUUUUUGACAUGCGUUUUUCUGGAUUUUUUUGUUGUUAUUCUGUCUCGCUGUUCAAAUAAAUCUACCAUUAAAAUUAUAGACUGAUCAUGUCUUUGUCAGUGGGCAAACGUACAAAAUCAGCAGGGGAUCAAAUACUUUUUUCCCUCACUGUAGAUGUCAUUUGAUGUUAAAUCAAAGAAGGGGAAAACACACGCUCCCAAUUUCUACUCUGGUUCCCUGCUGGGCAGUCAUAGGGCAGCAAUGUAGAUAUUUAUUUAUGACUAUGAAAACAAAUAAUCCACUAAAUGUCCCAGAAAUCUAUCUUGAUUAAACAAUAUGCUGCUCUUGUGCAUGUGCUACAAUUUUAACGAAGAUGGUAAUAUUGCCCCAUACCUUGAUGGUGGUAUUUGAUAUUGUAGAAAACCCUUCGUUUUUUUGUGUGACAUCUACGUGCACAGCAGCUCCCGUAAUUCGCUCAUUCACUUUAGUGACUUGAAUUUCAGAUGCUGUUUGUUAGUUUUGGACAAACCAUCCAGUACGGAACCUCAAAUUAUAAUGAAUGAACUCUGCAUCUACUUUAUAAGGAUUCAUUGUUCUGCAACUUUCUUUGGGUCAAUUGGUAACAAGCCAGAUUAAUUGCACCAACUCUAGCAGAGAGAUUUUAGCGCAGUUGUGAAGUUGUAUUUUUUUUGUAACCAUAGGCCUACUUCGUUAUGGAAGUUAUUUAGCAGUCUUUCCUCUGCCUCUUUAUCCUACCCCUCUACCUGGUCCCAUCUAGCCUUCUGUUCCCUUGUCUCCUCAUUCCCACAGACCCCUUCCCAUGAUUGACUCUGCUCACUGGCUGACAUUUUGCCUCCUUUUAUUUAUUUUUGUCCCUUUCCCCUUUUCACCCUUGCAGACGUCCACUGGGUGGUUUUAAAAAAGAGAGGAAAAAUAACUAGAAAAAUCAAGGCGUUCAAGCAAACCAGUAAUCAAGUACAACAAAGGGGAGUUUGACUCAAGUUUAUGGAAAAAUAUGGGCAGCCCCUGGAAAGGCUUUGUCGAGUUUACCUUGCCCGCGUCGCCACCUGCCGCGUUCGUUAGAGCUGACCUGAGCAGCACCUCCCCCGUCGGACUCAGCCUGUCACCGUACGGCCGAUCCGUAAGUUCCAUCAUCCCCACUACUUCCUCCCCCCGUCUUCUCCCCCCAUCGAACACCCAUUCACCCACCUUGCCCCUCUCUGCUCUGACUAGCAUAACCUUUCCAUUCCUCUGGACUCAGAGACUAGCCUCUGCUCAGGUGCAGUGUAGCAGGUACAGGGUGGUCUAAAGGUUACUGGGGAUUUGGGUUUGUUUCAUUCUGUUUUACCCACCACGAUUUAUGUAAAUGACGCCGUAAAUGCUUUGUGCAAUUCCCCACGUCCCCUGAGAUUAAAGGUGUGGGAUAUGGUUAGUGUUGUAAUUGCCAUGUUAUGUAGACAAUAUAAACAAACUGUUUGAUCAGUUACUUCUGUUUAGUGAUGAUAGUACAGAAGACAUUUUCGACGAGACUUGGUACAAAAUCUGUUUGGCAUUCUUCAAGUAAUAAGUAGACUGAAAUUAAUCUAAUUUAUAACCAAGGUAGGUACAUUUGGUCUAGUUUGUAAGAUGAUUUGGAACUGCAUGGCACCAGCCAUCGUGGAAACAAGGUCGCUUAAUCUGAAAUCUUAGGUAUCAAACCAGCAAAUCAAAAUAUUUAGGACGGACCACCUGAACCACUAACUACUAGGAAGUUAAACUCUGUUAGCGUUGAUGCUUUGCUGGGAAGGGCAUUUUUUACGAACAGUUUUAAGCAAUAGUUCGAAUCAGUUCGAUUAUUUGUUACAUUGUAUUUGUUUCAUUUGGUCCGGUUGUUUUUAAAUUUAGUGAAACGAACAAAACCACAAGUCCAUGCAAGUCAUUUGUUUACUGGACAAAAUGUGCACGUUAAAUCCAUCUAUGAUUUUCAAGAAGCAUCAUUUUUGUAUCCCAAUCGUCAUCUCUUUUUGAGGGAAUCACAGUGCGUUGUUUAUUGCGCCCCCGAGUGCAGAUGGUGUUCACACCAUGCCAAACGAACUGAACUAAGGGGGUAAACACACCAGAGUUUGGGGGAAAGACCACUCCAAACCUAUUCGGUGUGAAAGCCCCCUAAGGGGACUAGGCAGCUCUGGGACAGUUCAUGUAACCCACUAUUACCCUACUGUGUAGAUGCGCUUCUGUUUAACCAGUCAUAAAAAAUAUUCACGCAAGUAGACCGCUGAUUGGCCAGCUCAGCCAAUUAGCCAACAUGACAUGUUCUGAGGAAAUGGCAAGCAUUUUUUUAACUGUCUAUUUGAGGAUGUGUUUUUUAUUAUUUUUUCUCCAAAUUAUGCUUUGGCCACAUACGAGUAUAGGACGAGUCGACAACAUUAUUUGGGGAUGAGUUAAUAUUCUGUUAACUUUUAAAAAGUGAGAAUUUAACUGGACAGUUUAACUUUAUUUCAGGCAAUAACGAUGUAACAGAAUUUCAUGAUUUCACUUCAGCAAUUAACAUUUUACAUGACCACCUUCCUCUACCCUUUGUUCCAUCUGUCCAUUCCUUCAAAUAUGUUGAAUGGCAAGUGUUUUUGUAUUAUUUUAGUUAGUUUGUGAUAGGGGUAAAUUGAUCAUUGUAGGGUGUUGCAAAAACGACCUCGGACGUUCACUUUUUUUUCAUUUUAGUGUUGUAGAGCCAAACAGCACAUUAAUUUCCAUCUUAAUGCUAGAGAUGCUAGGUCUCUGCUAAUUACUCAAUAAAAUUAUGGGUUUCUCUUAUGGAAUUAUGUGGUCCUCUGUAGCUCAGCUGGUAGAGCACGGCACUUGUAACGCCAAGGUAGUGGGUUCGAUCCCCGGGACCACCCAUACACAAAUGUAUGCACGCAUGACUGUAAGUCGCUUUGGAUAAAAGCGUCUGCUAAAUGGCAUAUUAUUAUAAUUAUUUAUUAUAAUUAUGAUUCUCAGGGUCAGUAUCGAUCAGUAUUUUUACUUGCCCCUCACUUUUACAAUUAAAGAAAGCGUAAGAAUAUAAUUUUAAAGAACUAGAACGCUGAGGUGUAAUGGAAUGAAAUCUGAGCUCAUGGUUAAAACCACAGCUCCAAGUAUCUCUGAAUUCCAAAAACCUUUUGACCAUCCCAACAGUGUGACCCAGUCCUGAGCCCACUGUCGGAUAUGGAGAGAGUUCAUUCUGAACCCCCUUUGGCACGUAAUACGGCCUCUGCGGUGGCUAUCCCCCGCUCGUUCUCGGUCUCCCACAAAAAACACAAGCGGACACCCCUGUAUCAGAGAUCAGUAAGUGGGCAUGUUGUGUGGGCAUUGCAUCGGUUGCACCCACAGUCACAGUGAUGGACUGCCCUGUCUGCUCCUGUGGUCUCCUUUGGUGACGUUUGCUAACCGCAUGGUUUGAUUGUUUUGCAGUGGCUCUUGACUGAUUCUGGUGCUUUUGAAGUCAUUGUAGCACCCAGUUCAUCUUGACUUAAUGUGCUAGUCAAUGGAAAAUGGCAAUGGUUUCUAUAACCAACAGUUUUUGCAUGUAUAAUGUUCCAAACCUAAAGAAAUUGAGUGAAUAGAAGUGCAUGAUUAUCUUGAGCCAACUAGAAAUGACUAUACAGUGUGGGCUUUAUUGGUAGUGAAUUAGGGUUGGGUGGUAUCCAGAUUUCCAUACCUUCAUACCGUGCCUGUGCCAUCCCGGCAUAUAUGUUAUUACCGCUAGUGCAUACAAGGUUAUUUUAUUUUUUAUUUUUUUUAUGUUAAAAAAGACCUAAAAAAGUCACUUAAUCAGAAUGCUAACAAGUUUUAAGGAAUCCUCAUAGAGAACGCUAACUAAAUGCUAAUGAGCACAUUGCGAACAUUUUGUACAGUUUAACCUAAACUAUAGAAGUAACUCAAAUGCAACUCACAGUUUGUUGCACGCAUAAAACAAAUAUUAGCCAGCAAGGCUCUUGAUCCAGGAGGGAAUUCUCUGCUGUUACCAAGUGAAUGCUUGAUUUUAGAAGAAGCUAACCACUUAGCUAGAUAGCGAACUAGCUACUAAAUUAGCAAACCAAAUGCACAACUGCAGAGCAUUUAGCACAUUUUAGACAAGUUACUAGUUAUAAGAUAUAUCUAGCUGGCAAACAGUUUAGUUGUACAUUUCAUACUGUAAUUGGAUCACCUGGUGCACAAGGCUCCAGUCUCUAGUCGUGUGCUUGUAAACAAACACCAUGUGACUGGGGACUACCGUAAACUACAUAAUGUGACGAGUGAAAUGAAGAACGCGAUGUUUUUUUAAAAUCUCCUAACGUAUUGCACAAGUUGACUGCAGGUAUUUACUUAAAAAGUAGCUUCAAAUAUUCAAAAUAAUAAUAAUUUAAAUCUAAGAAAUAGUUUAAAGGUAUUGAAAAACCAACCUGUGGCUUUUUACAAAUACCCCGGUAUAGGGUAUAUACAGUAUACUGCCCAAGCCUAUAGUGAAUGGUCUGAAUCGACAUGAAAACCCAUCUGGGGUUGGCCAACUGUGUGCUCACCGGUAUUCACAUGAGAGGGAAAUUGUCAUAUAACACUAGAAAGCUCUUUGGGUUAGUCUCUCCAAACUUUGGUUCAACCACCUGUCGGGAAGCACAUUUUGGGUAGGGAUUUAUUUGUAGAUGUGUGUUUUACUAAAUGCAUGUUUGGGUAAAAUAGAUCCUAUCAGUGUGUAUGUGGGAGUUUAAUUUGUCAGUUAAUUGUUCUAUCAUACAUUUACACAAUCCCACUUAUAAGCUCUCAAAGCUUAAGGGCUGUGUUUUGACUGACAUUUGAUUUGUUCAAUGAGUAACAUUCUCCGUUCUUGUUCUGUUCAGAUGAGUUUUGACCCUGGCAUGCUCCACAAUGGGCACACUGCGUUUGCCAACGGCACGGCGGUGGGCAUCAGGGAGACGGGCGUGGUGGAGAAGCUGCUCACCUCCUACGGGUUCAUCCAGUGCUCGGAGCGGCAGGCGCGCCUCUUCUUUCACUGCUCCCAAUACAAUGGCAACCUGCAGGAGCUCAAGAUAGGAGGUGAGAGGCCAGGGCUUCUAGUCAUUUUAGUAGUCUAGUCUCAUCCACCAGCCAUAUACUGAACAACACAACAUUUUUAGGGGUGGUUUCCCAGACACAGAUUAAGCCUAAUCCUGGACUAAAAAGCAUUUUCAAAUGAGAUUCUCCUUUUGAGUUUGUUUUUUAGUCAAGGACUAUGCUUAAUCUGUGUUUGGGAAACUGCACUUCAUGUUUAUCUGGUCAAAAAUGAAAAUCCCCCUAAGAUAUCCUGGGAGCUGAGUGGUGACAAUUGAUUUCUGCCUUGGUCUCUUCACAAGAUACGGUGGGCAGCCUUUAAGUCGAUGGAACGCCAUGAAUGUACGGUUAGUAUUUGGUGUGGAACACACAUUUUCUCAAAACCUGUUUCCUUCCUUCUCUCUCUUCCUCUCUCUGCCUCUCCAGAUGAUGUGGCGUUUGAAGUGUCCUCAGACAGGCGUACUGGCAAGCCCAUAGCAGUGAAGCUGCUUAAGAUCAAACCAGAGGUGCUUCCAGAGGAGCGCAUCUCGGGCCAGGUGGGGCCAGACUCGCACGCCUCUCCAUUUACUGUGCUGCAUGGUUAUAUUCAUCCAGUUAAGGAACACCAUUUUACUUUUGGUUCUGUUCUUGUCCGUGUCACCUCAAUGUUGGUGUUUGUUUGUCGGUUGCGGGUAUGUUCGAGCUCAUUGUAAAUCUUUUCACUCAUUUUUGUUCAUUUAAUAGUUUCAUAGAUGUGUACAUUCUUUUAUACUAAACCUUUCUCCCCAAGGAUUUGAAUCUGAUUCUAAAUCCACAUUUGUCUUUCCAUUAUUUGUGUUAUCGUUAGUAUCUCUGCUUGUCUGAAACACUAGGAAUACCAUCUGUUUCCAUGGAGAUUUACAGUGGGCUUAACUGUCCUCGACAUACAUUUUGUGUGGUGUUUAUUGGCUGGAGGUGGGAUUUAAUGUUUAAACAAAAUAGAAAAUAUAGAAUUAUACAUAGUAUAAAUCUUUAUCCAGAAAGUCAGUAAAUCGAAUAAGCUUGAUUGGAUGUGAUAUUUUGAAAGCCAUUGGAGUCUUUUCUAUUAGCCUUCUCUUCAAAUGGCCUUUAUUCAUUCAAAUGGACUAUUUGGCAUCUCAUGCAGUAGUGUCUACAGUACGUAGCCCUUGGCUUUCUUGAUAUACCUUUGGAAAUCAACCAGUUUGUCCGUUUUCACUUACCUGAUUAUUGUAAUUACACUGAUUGUAGUUAGGUAUUCGUGUUUGUCUGACUCACCCAAAUGCCAUUCUUAACCAUCUCCUCCCCCUGUGGUUCUUGCUGUCCUUUAGGUCGUCUCAGCGAUUCCUACUCACCUGGAUGGCAAGUCUGCUCCAGGGCAGGUGCCCACUGGCAGUGUAUGCUAUGAGAGAAAUGGGGUAAGACUGUCAAAUGGCCUAAAGAAAGAGACUUGUCAUGUCAAGGCUGGUAGUCAAUGUAAUGUAAAGUAUGGAUUCCUUCCCACGCAGGAGGUGUUUUACCUGACCUACACCCCAGACGACAUAGAGGGCAACAUGCACCUGGACACGGGAGACAAAGUCAGCUUCUACAUGGAAACCAACAAGCAGUGAGUUGUUUUUCUUUGUGUCUUAUUGCUUCCCAAACAAAUUAUCUUGAGUUUCCAUUUUUUACUAUGUUUGAUUGCACAAUACCGAAGCCGUUUCCUCAUGCCUAUCUUCUGUGUUUCAGCACCGGUGCAGUCAGUGCUCACAACAUUGUCCUGGUAAAGAAGAAACAGAUGAGGUGCCAGGGGGUUGUCUGUGCCACCAAGGUAAAGCCACACUACACACUUGUGGAUCCCUGGCUGGACAUUGGCUAGUCUACGUGCCUGAUUAUGCUCUAUAACCCUUUGUGUUGUGUCUGGCAGGAGGCCUUUGGGUUCAUUGAGAGAGCUGACGUGGUGAAGGAGAUCUUCUUCCAUUACAGCGAGUUCAAGGGCGACCUGGAGGCCCUGCAGGCCGGCGACGACGUGGAGUUCACCAUCAAAGAGAGAAACGUAGGUGGCAUCACAUGGAAACGUUCUGGCCAGCCAACUCAAGUUGUGGUGAAUUGCAAAAGUAUAGAAUACGAGGCCAGUAUUUGGAUCAUUGGAAUCAAGUUGUUAUUCUUAAGAUGUUGGCGAUUCAACUUGUCAAAGCAGACUUAGGUUUAAUGGCAGUCAGAAUGUCUCAAUAGGAAAAGCCAUUCAACAGAAAUGACUCAUGUAUAUGUUCUUAAUACAUCUUGUUGCCAUAAGCCUGUAAAGAUGCAAAAUAAUGUCCUAAUAGAGGGGGAAAAAACAACAUUGAAGUAACUAAAGCAUCUUGUUUUCUCUCCUCUAGGGGAAAGAGGUGGCCACUGACGUGAGGCUGCUCGCCCAGGGGACAGUCAUAUUUGAGGACAUCAGCAUCGAGCAGUUUGAAGGCACUGUUGCCAAGGUCAUCCCUAAAGUUCCAACCAAGAACCAGGUCAGAAACUUACACCAUGCCUCCAUGCUUACAAGUAACCUGAGUUUGUUUUUUACUGUAUCAUAUAGAUUAUUUAAUGAUGAUAAUGAUCAAACUUUUAAAAUUGUUCCUCCACGUCUUUCAGAAUGAUCCACUACCAGGCCGCAUCUGUGCCAGGAUCAGUUACACGGACAAGGAGCUCCUGUUUGGUGAGAAGGACACCAAGUCCAAGGUGACCCUGCUGGAGGGAGACCAUGUGCAGUUCAACAUCUCCACGGACCGCAGGGACAAGCUGGAGCGGGCCACCAACAUCGACAUCCUGCCCGAUACCUUCCACUUCACCAAGGAGUCCCGUGAGAUGGUAAGGACCCUGAGGAGAUCCAUGGUACGCCCUCUAGUUCAUUUGAGGAAGCUUGUUUGUGGGGUUUUAAUCAGUGAAAUAUGGCAACCUAGUUCAAUUCUCUGAUAUUUGCAUUCCUCAAAAAUUUAGUCCAUACUGUUGUGUAUAUCCUACAAAAUGCAUGAGCUGAAACCUGCAGGCCCGAAUGAAAGGGAAGGAUGGCACUUUUCAGCAUUGUAUCUGCAGUGCACUGUCCUUUAAAUGUUAUAGAAUCAACGGCAUCUCUGCUGUGUGUUAACGUCUCUCCCUCUCCUCUCUGUCCUAUAGGGUGUGAUCGCUGCCAUGCGCGACGGCUUUGGCUUCAUCAAGUGUGUGGACCGGGACGCCAGGAUGUUCUUUCACUUUAGCGAGGUCCUGGAAGAGAGCCAGUUGCACAUAUCUGACGAAGUCGAGUUCACCGUUGUGCCCGUGAGUCCAGAGAAAACGUCCAUGGUCCGUUUUUCAACAUACAAAUGCUGUCUUUUAAUUCCUUUCCUCUCGCCUGACCUUUCUGUCCAUCUUCAGGGGUUGUUAGAGUUCCGAAAUCUACAAAUGCAGACCAUCAAAAAAAUCUUCAUUUUAAAUCAGUUCGCCUGCGUUUUUAUAUUGAAAGAUUUUUGUUCUCUUCAAUAGUGAUCAGGGGCGUGCAACUAUAGUUUUCCUUCACAGAAAAUUUGUGCAACACAUUUGGCAGAAAAAGCUUAAUUUUCAUCAGAUGACAAAGUGCAGCGCUAUUUGGCUAGCAGCCACACAAGUAAAUGAGCUUACAAGUCUUUUUUGAAAAAAUUAUGAAUGGCCGUCAUUUGUCUGAUCAUAGGAAAUGUAGCUGGCUACAUUCUUUCUAAUGUUUUGGUUGAAGUUAGUCUUGCAUUUUACCAGAGAGAAGUAGGCUACAAUGAGAAAAGUACCAGAGAAAAGUAGCUACACAUCAGUUAGUCUGCUGAUAGAAUGCCCAUUCGUGAAUUCUCAUCCAAGUGGAGAAGUGCAGCUGAAGUACAAAAUGAAGGGUCUAUCGGAGUACCAAACAUGUACGCACAGCAGUGUUUUAGAAUAUUGGACCAUUGGCAUUCAUGCUUUUCGAAUUCUCAGCGCAGCUCAAGCGAUUUCUCCAACUGUCAACACAUUCAAAUGAAUAGAGGACGCGUACUGGAGACGCGUUGGUUAGGAAUUGUGGGGAGUUGCGUGUUUGGCCUCUACGUCCCCCGCGGCUGGUGGUCUUGGAGCCAUGUAGCUAUGUCACAAUGGUAUGCUGGUCUAUUGUGUCCUAGCGUCUGGAUUAUGAUUUACACUUAAGUCUGUCGAACAGAAAUUACAAUAAGAAGCAUUUUAGAUCUGCAUUCACAAAACUCAGCAAAAUAUUUCUUAUGCGUUGUAUUUUUUUCUUGUGAAAAACACAGAAUUCUGCGUUAACGCAACCCCUGAUCUUCCAAGGGUGUUAGUUUAGUAGGGAACUCUUGAUUUAGAAAUGAACAUGCAGUCAAUUGUUUUAAAUAUUAGGGAUUCUCACUCUUUGAACCCAUUCAAAUUUCCUAGGCGCAUUGCGUUCCAAAUGUAUUUUGGUCUCUGGCUACCUCCACAAUAUAAUCCAAACAAUCUCAAUGAGAGCAUUAUCGAACACCAACACUAAUUGAAAGGGGUGUUUUCUCCCUCCCCUCUCCUGUGCAGGACAUGCUGUCUGCCCAGAGGAACCACGCAGUGCGCAUCAAGAAGCUGCCCAAGGGUACAGUGUCCUUCCACACCCAGUCUGAGCAGCGCUUUGUGGGUGUGGUGGAGAAGGAGGCCACGGCAGCCAUCACCAACAAGAGCGCCAGCCCCAGCAAGGCCAAAGAGAAGGUAUGAGAGCACCCAGGGCAGCACUAGGAAGCCCACAGCAACAUUGUCAAUAACUUUUGUCCCUUGAUUAAUUUUUUACAGUGCACUUUUGGUUGUCUUUCUUCCCUGCCUGAUCUUUCUUUGACUUCUCUCCCCCAAGCCCCCCCCGUCUGAUCAGUAUUGAAAUUGAAAACCCCUCCGAGACCCACACACACACACUUCCCAUUACCAUCACGCAUUUUUCAGACCAUUGAUUUUUGAUGAGCCCUCUUUAGUUCUAAUUCUCCUCUUUGCUUUCUCCUUUCACCCUCUCCUCCUCAUGCUCCUUCUCUCCAUUAGAAAAAAGACAAGGUAGGAGUUUUGUCUUUGCAUGAUGCCAUCACCCUGAUCAAUGCUUUAUUUAUGCCCAUACGCCUGUUCUAUUGAAAUGUUUUCCUACAGGGUUGACACAAGUUUUGGAUAAGUCUCCUCAAAUUGGCUAAAUUGCGAGAAGUUGCCCUAGUUACCUUAAAUUCACAAAGUUUCGUUUUUUGCUCACUUACUUACACUCCUCAUGUCCUAACCUUUGCUCUUCUUCACAUUUCGGCAGACAUGCAUAGUUGACAUGUACGCCCAAAUAGGUAGACUAAAUGUGUAUAUUUAAUAUAAAGUAGUAAAGGUCAGUGGUGUGGUCUAUGGCCCUCUAAAUGUGCUCCUCAACCCAGAGUUGACGGCAUGGUUUCAGUCCUACUAAUUAACCUCUAAAUCAUUUCCUCUGUAAAAACAGUUCUCACUUUUGAAGUCUUGAAAUUUGCUUUACUAGUUCCUAAGGAGAUAUGACAUUUAACACUGUUCGUACAAAGGUGUUGAUUUCAAACAGUCAAGGCUAAUGCUAACCAAAUACUAACAGGGGUGCUUUGGAAUGUGUGCUGUUUCACAUCUUGGUGCCAGUCAUCUGCACGCUUAGCUUUUUAACAAGGACUUGCUACUGCUGUUCAUCUGAUAUACUCCAAAGCUUAUAUCAAAGAUGCAUCAUUCCUCCCUUCCUCUGAAGUAAUCACUGAUCUGCACCGGUUUGGAUGAAUGUUUUUUUUUUUUUUUUUUUUUACCCUUUUACUUUCGCCUAUCCAGCCUGUUCAGAUCAGUAAUUCAAUUUCUUUGCCAGGAAGGGUGCCUUUUCCUCUCUGGAAGUAUUUUAACAUUUCCCAAUGCUCAGAACCACAGGAGGGUCCUCGAAGUGACAUCAAGGUGCUACAGUUCAAUGCCUGAGUUCUGGAGAGGAGAGCACUAGCCAACCUUUGACUGGAACUGCCAGUCUAAUCAGUUUGCUGAUGUGUCCUCCUGUAGGAAGCAGAAGAGGGAGUGAUUUCUUAUGAGGACUGUGGAGUGAAGCUGACUGUCUCGUACCAUGUCAAAGAUCUGGAGGGAGCUGCCCAGCCACAGGCAGGAGACAAGGUACUGAAAACCAGUUUACAAGUUAAAACAAACAAACCAGUAAAACAAGUCAACACUGGCUCAAAUGUGCUUUGUCGAAAUGGCAACAUACCAACCCCAAAAAUAUAUCCUGGAGUUGGCUGUUUCUAUUUGGUGUAAAUCCAACCUUGUCUUCUAGGUGGAGUUCUCCAUCAACGAGGUAAAGAGGACGGGCCAGCAGAGCGCGGUCACCAUCAAGAUCCUCAACCGCACCGUCAACACCAAGAGGCUGCUGGGAUACAUCGCCACCCUGAAAGACAACUUUGGCUUCAUUGAGACGGCCAAUCACGAUCAAGAGAUCUUCUUUCACUACAGGUACAACUAUUCAACGCAGGAAAGCUACAGUGUAAAAUAUGUUGGUUGCUAUCACAUUAGAUGUGUCCAAAAAAUAAUUAUCCAGGUUUUUCAUGCUGCCUGUAUCUGUCUGUACCAGUGAGCUGUGUGGAGACAUGGAGAACCUGGAGCUGGGCGACACUGUGGAAUACACCCUGUCCAAGGGCAAAGGAAACAAAGUCAGCGCUGAGAAGGUUAAUAAGGUGGCAGCAGGUAGGCAAGACAAUGCUCUAGUCAUUUGUUUGAUUUUGCACUACAGUCUGCUCUAUAGUGAAGCAUUUAUAUAUUAGUAAUCAAAGUGUCUAUGCUAAUGGUGUACUGUUAUUGCAGUGAAUGAUGUGGGGCAGGAUGUUGGUGAGACUGUGAUGCUGGGGAAGGUGGUGCGCCCUCUGCGCAGUGUGGACCCGUCCCAGACAGAGUACCAGGGGCUCAUCGAGCUCUCGGAGGAAGGCACGUCUCCACUGGCAGUGGAGGGUUAUGUCCAUCAAUUCAAUGUUUUACUCUGCACAUACUCUACAAUAACCAAAUGGCUAAAUUGACCAUUCAUCUUGUCCCUCUAACCAUUCAGAUGGCACGAAGGGUCAGAAUUACCCCUUUGGCAUCGUGGGCAUGACAAACAAGGCAGACUGUCUGCAGAAAGGAGAGCUGGUGAAGUUCCAGCUGUGCACAGUGGCCCAGACAGGACAGAAGAUGGCCUGCAACGUUGUCCCCCAACGCAAAGCCCUAGUGGAGUGCGUCAAGGAUCAGGUAUCUGUUCAUGCUUGUUGAAACAGGUGCAGGCAGACAGGAUUAAAUUGCCUUUAAAAAUAAGCCUUUUAUUUAUUUUUCAAGUUUGUUAAGGAACUCUAACUUGAAGUAAUAAGGAUGUAUCAUUUGUUUUUGGACUUUCUUGGUGUGGCUACCCAUGUUGAGUGCUAUGCCUAUUCAAUCUGUACUGUCUUGUCUCCCCAGUUUGGUUUCAUCACAUAUGAAGUUGGUGAGAGUAAGAAGCUGUUUUUCCAUGUCAAAGAGGUGCAGGAUGGCUUGGAGCUCCAGGCUGGGGAUGAGGUGGAGUUCUCAGUCAUCCUCAACCAACGCACAGGGAAAUGUAGUGCCUGCAACGUGCGCAGAGUCAGGUAUUGACCGCAGGGGGUUGUACUAGUACCCAUGAAGUGGGCUAAAAUGUUUUAGAAACUGAGGUAUUACCUAAACUUGCCCAAUAAGGAUGUCCGUUUCGUGGAUGGCAGCCAAAGUCAAUUUAACUGAAUAAGUGAAAUUGAACCUCUAGCCUCCACAUUUACUAGUCAUGUCUCAUUUAUGACCCAGUUAUCCUAAACCUAGACGGUAUAUUGUUGGUUAAAAAGCUGUCUUGUUUCUCUACCACAGUGAAGGGCCUAAACCGGUGGCAACCCCCCGUCCCGAUCGCUUGGUCAACCGGCUCAAGAGCAUCACCCUGGAUGAUUCUAGCGCCCCCCGCCUAGUCAUUGUGAGACAGCCCCGUGGCCCUGACAACUCAAAGGUACACACAUUUGAAAGCAUAAUGCUGUAUAAUAAGUUCUGAUUGAUAUUUAAGAUGUGUAAAGCGUGUUGCUUAUAAUUACCGGUCUCUUUUGUUUUGUACCUAGGGCUUCAACGUGGAGCGGAAGACCCGUCAACCGGGUGUCAUUGACUGAACAGUACAUACCCCACCCUGUCUGGAAUAGGUGGGCCCAGAUUUAGAAAUGCAAUCCCAGAAUGGAGGACAACAAUGGAAAGGGAAUUUUGCUGUCUUGCAGAAACAUGCUCUUACACACAUACAUACUCUUGACAGGCACACAUAAAUAAGCAUGUGUAACACCUCUCCCUGUUCCAUCACCUGCAAUGGAACCCUCUCAUUCCAUUUGUUCCCUGCCGCCCAUGUAUGAUGUACUUGAUACGGUUUCAUACUGCAGUAUACAUGGAGUUUCUCUCCUGAGUGUGUGUGAUUGUUGUGCAUAAGGUGUUUUAGAAAUGGUAGAGGUUAGAUUUGUUUCCUUUUUUUUUCUUUUUUAAGGGUUUCUGUUCCCCUUAAAAUCAGAGUGAUGGUUGUGUGGCAUUGUCUUGUCCCCAUCUUUGCUGAAUCCGCUUAAAUGUCUGGAAUUCUGCACCUGAAACCAGUUGUGGAUGUGGGUUGUGUAUGUAUGUGUUUGUGUGGGUUGUGUGUGUGUGUGGGCAUGUAUUAGAGCUCACCUGCUUAUUUUCCUCCAUUUGUUCUCCCUCAUUUAAGGAAACUAAAUUAUUCUCAUUUGCCAAUGGUUUCCACUAUGCUUUCCUACAAAAUGCAUAAAGCAAAGUUCCCUUCAUAAGGAGGAUCCUGUUUCUCAUAUGUGUGGGCUAAAACACAGAGGCUAUUUCUCUGCUCGGUUUUUUUGAGCAGUUUUGAAACACUUUAUCCAAGAGCUGGAGUGAAAGCAUGGUGUUGUGAUGUAUGUGAAUGUUUAAGUCACUAUAUGAUUUACUUUGAGAAAUCUGGAGCAUUUCAAUACCUUUUCGGUAUUCACACGCUCCAUAAGCAAUUUCCCCAGGUGCAGAAUUCCUAAUGGCAUCUUAUAUCCAGCAGUUAUUUUAUACAAUGUAUUUUUUUUUUGCACAUCUUUCCUUUUUUGUUCCAUUGAAUCUCAAUAUCUGCUAAUGAAUAAAAUGAAGUAAAAAUAAGGUCCUCUGUCCCCAGCCAACCGCCAAAAUAUUAAGAACAAUCUUGGGAUGGCUUUUUUUCUAGUAGAAAUAAUACUGGUCUGCAUCCCAAAUACCUGUGGGUGGAAAUAUACUGUAUGUAAUGUGUGCUUUUUUCUUAGUGAAAGAUUCAAACAUCACAAUAUAACAAAUACAUUUUACUUAAGUAAAAGAGGGGGAAAAGGUAACAAAGUAUUAGAAUUAAUCUUAAGGAUCAGGAUAUCUAUUAUUGUGCUUUAGUGGCAUUGGUGGGUGAUCUGUUGUGCCUGAAUGCACAUACGGGAGUUAGUCUAAAUGAAUUUAAACUGGAGAUCACUGGGUUCCUCCUGAACUACACAGAUGCUCUCCUAUGUACUUUUGUUAAUGGUCUUGAAUGAAACAAUUGAAUUAAAGUUUUAUGAAAAUUACAUA